AUGCGCCCUCCCCUUCCUCUCCGCCUCUCCUCCUUCUCCCCCGACCCACACCGCGCGCUCCUCCUCCCUCCAAUCAUGCUCGUCCAUGGCGCACCUCCUCGAGCUCCACGCCCACCUCCUCCGCUCCCACCCUCCCUCCCCCCCGCCCCUCCGGGCCGCCCCGAAGCCGCCGGCGCCUCCUCCUCCGCCGCGCCGCGCCCUCGCCGGCCACGGCGCGAGCCUCCGUACGCCCGCCACCUGCUCGACAGAAAUCCCGCCCAAGCACCCCCUCCUUCAACGCCCUCCUCCGCGCCUCUCCUCCUCCCCGCCGUCCCCUCCCUCCCCUCUUCCGCGCCGCCUCCUCUCCGCUCCCCCCCCCCCGACCGGCUCACACCUAUCCCCCCCCUCCUCAAGUCCUGCGCCCGCCUCUCCGACCCCCUCCCCGGCCUGCAGCUCCACGCCUUCAUGCUCAAGUCCGCCGCCGACCGCCACCUCUUCUCCUCCAACGCCCUCAUCCACAUGUACGCCUCCUGCGCCCUCCCCGCCCUCGCCCGCCGCGCCUUCGCCCUCGCCCCCUCCCCCGCCCGCGACGCCGUCUCCUGGAACUGCCUCCUCUCCGGCUACCUCGCCAACGGCCUCCUCGCCCGCGCCCGCUCCCUGUUCGACCGAAUGCCCCGCCGCCGCCGGGGCCCCGUCGCCUGGAACGCCAUGAUCAGCGGCCACGCCAAGCUCGGCCUCGUCCGCGCCGCCCGCGCCCUGUUCGACGAAAUGCCCCACCGGAACGUCGAGUCCUGGAACGCCAUGAUCGCCGGGUACGCCCGGUGCGGCCGCGUCGACCUCGCCCGGGAGCUCUUCGACGCGAUGCCCGCGCGGAACGCCGUGUCGUGGAGCGCGAUGAUCACGGCGUGCGCGCGGGGGGACCGCCCGGCCGGCGCGUUGGCUCUGUUCGCCGAAAUGGAGGAGCUGGGAAUCACGCCGAAUUGGGCGGCGAUCGUGAGCGUGCUCUCCGCGUGCUCGCAAAUCGGCGCGCUCGACCGGGGCAAGCGAGUCCACUCCUACAUCGUGGGCAACAAGAUGAGGAUGGACUCCAUAAUCGGGACGGCGCUCAUCGACAUGUACGCGAAAUGCGGUUGCAUAGAUAGAGCGUUCGAGACCUUCCUUGCGUUGCCGGGGAAGGACGUGUUCUCGUGGACGGCGAUGAUCGGGGGGUUCGCCGUCAACGGGCAAGGAGCGAAGGCCCUCGAGCUCUUUCGACGAAUGGAAGAGGAGGGAAUUCGGCCCAACGAGGUCACUUUCGUCGGCGUGUUAUGCGCGUGUAGCCACGGCGGCUUCGUCGAUCGAGCUAAGAAGUAUUUCAAUUCGAUGAGCGAAGUUUACGGGCUCGAGCCCCAAAUCGAGCAUUACGGUUGUAUGGUCGACGCGCUAGGCCGUGCCGGGCUUUUGGAAGAGGCGGCGGCGCUAGUUCGAGCCUUGCCCCCCAACCCCGUUUUGUGGGGUAGUUUAUUGGGUGCUUGUUGGAUCCACGGAAACGCCGAGGUAGGGGAGUGUGCGGCCGAUCGCCUAAUCGAGCUUAAACCCGACGAUGCCGGUGUUUACGUCCUCUUAUCGAACAUCUACGCGAUGCGAGGGAGGUGGGACGAUGCUCGGAAAACGAGAUUGCGAAUGAAAGCAAAGGGUCUCGAUAAGAGUCCCGGUCGUAGCUCGAUCGAAGUUCGCGGCGUAGUUCACGAAUUCCUCGUGGGCGACCGAUCGCACCCCAGAAACGUCGAAAUCCAUCGAAUGUUGGACGAGAUGAGCUCGAAGUUGAAGCUCGAAGGGUAUCAACCGAACACGACGCCGGUCUUGUUCGACAUCGAGGAGGAAGAGAAGCAGAACGCGGUGGCUCACCACAGCGAGAAGUUGGCGAUCGCGUUCGGGUUAAUCAGCACCGAUCGCGGGGAGCCGAUUAGGGUUUUCAAGAACCUGCGAGUGUGUCGCGAUUGCCAUACCGCGGCGAAGCUAGUGUCGAAAGUGUAUGAAAGAGAGAUUAUUCUGAGAGACAGGAACAUCUUUCAUUACUUCGCGAAAGGUUCCUGUUCAUGUAGGGACUACUGGUGAUCAUUUUACGGUCUAGGUCGCGUCGAAAGUGCGACGAUACUCAGCGGAGACGAUGCAGCUUCUCUGUUUCUCCGUUCUUGUCUUCUGCUGUGGUUGUCUGAUCCCGCGUGCGUGCGUAGGAAGCUCAGAUUUCAGCUUUCACACUUCGAAAAAAAAAAGCGAAAAAAAGAAAAAAAAAGUGCUACAAUUUCACUUCAUGUUUUCCACCAGGUCCAAAAUAACCGGAUCGGGUCGGGCCGGGCCGGGCCGGGUUACCCACAUGAACUCAGAUAAAAAAAAAGAAAAGAAAAGAAAAGAAGUAAAUUUAAUUAUGAAUUUACCUUGCUUUUACAUCUCCUUUAGAAAGGAUCUAAUUAUUAUUUUUUAUUUGAAAUUUUUGCAUGUUGG